CCAAGCUGUGUACUUUUUGCUGCGUCUUUGCCUCGACACCACACUCCCAAAAGCUUGGUCAUCUGGAGUUCCCCUUAGGGGUGGCCAAUCGUACUGCAGUCCCUAAAUCCUUCUAGACAGGUUGUCAGGCGGUGACGCAGCAAAAAAAUUGGAGGAACCGUUCCGGGCCUGGGACCCUGACUUGUGCACGGCCUUGGGCGGGAUAGCGCCGGUGUCUGGGCCUCCUUCCCCAGCUCUGGCGAACACCAAGAACUCCAAACUCCAGGCGGUGUUUUUUCCCCCCAACGGACGCCAUUCCAUAUUCACUCGCUACCUGGGGGGGGUCUCGAAAAUACCACUCGCUUUGAUUUCGAUUCCUCCUGACACUCCUUUUUCCUGUGAUUUUGCGCGCCUAUUCUUUGUCCUGAUUUGCGUGCUGCACUCGGGCGCCCCCUCAACCUCGUGGAAGUUUCCAAAACUUCCAGAAUACUGGAAUACAUAGUCCAAAAAGUAUGCCGAUCUAGAUCGCUUGUCUCUGGGAUCCUCCAAGCCCAACGCAUUCGCGCCUUGGCGCCUGUCCUAUACGUCACCCACGUCGUUUUUCGCUGCUUCUCCCCAAAUUCCAUCCAGCUUCGACAACACGCCCACACAACCCAGAAGCCAUAGGUAUUCGACGCACGCUCGGCGACAUCUUGCACGAGGACAUCGUCCGGCUUUGGGCGAACCAAAGCAGCCUUUGUUCACGACGGCACGACAACAUUUGAAACGUGACGAUAAAGAACGAUAAAGGGGCAGCCCGCGUGGGUUGGUUGCAACAACGAAUGGGAACGGGUUGGGUAUACAGCCGGGCCAGAUUGAUUAGACUGUAGCUGCCGCUCGAUUUCUGUUCAUCCAUCCAUCCGCUUUGGACCCUGAUUUUCGGAAUCUGGGAACCUCCUUUACUCAUCUUGCCCUUCGAGGGCGCUGCUUCACUUUCAGCCCAGAGCCACCAUGGCGGAAAAGGAUCCUGGGCAGAUCCUCCUGGAUUUGCUGGCUGAUCCCUUUUCAACACAGUUGCAAAAAACUGCCAUCAUUGCUGCGCUGGGCUCUUCCAUCGGAACCACAGCCGUGAUCGCCUUCCUCUUUUCGAUUCUCCGACCGUUCAAUAGUGUUGUAUAUGCGCCGAAGCUCAAACAUGCCGACGAAAAACAUGCCCCGCCGCCGAUGGGGAAGGGCUUCUUUGCUUGGGUUACCCCGUUGUGGAAGACAACCGAGGAGGAUAUGGUCAACUUGAUCGGGAUGGACGCCACCAUCUUCAUGCGAUUUACAAGGAUGUGCCGCAACAUAUUUGCCAUCCUCACAGUUCUCGGCUGCGCUAUCUUGAUUCCUGUCAACUGGACUGCAACGACUCGCGUGGGCAUCGAAGACAACUGGCUCUCCAAGAUUACGCCUAACUUGGUGUGGGGGUCGGCUCAGUGGGCGAGUGUCAGCGUGGCCUGGAUCUUUGACAUUGUUGUUUGUGUCUUUCUCUGGUGGAACUAUAGAAAGGUUGUCCAUUUGAGGCGAAAGUACUACGAGAGCGAGGAGUAUCAACACAGUUUGCACAGCCGUACGCUGAUGGUGUACGAUAUUCCAAAGAACCUAGGCUCAGACGAGGGUAUCGCUCGAAUUAUCGAUAGUGUGGUCCCGAGCUCUUCCUUCUCAAGAACUGCCAUCGCUCGUGAUGUCAGGAUUCUCCCAAGUCUCAUUGAGUCGCAUGGCAAGACAGUCAGGAAGCUCGAAAAGGUCCUGGCAGUCUAUCUGAAGGACCCCAAAAAUCUGCCACCAGCAAGACCUCUCUGUCGACCUUCCAAGAAGGACCACUCAUACGCAAGCUAUCCCAAGGGCCACAAGGUCGACGCCAUUGACUAUCUUACCGAGCGCAUCAAGCUGCUGGAGCUCGAGAUCAAAGAUGUUCGGCAAAGGGUGGAUAAGAGAGUGACCAUGCCGUAUGGUUUUGCGUCAUACUCAGAUAUCUCCGAGACACACUCCAUCGCCUACCUGUGUCGGAAGAAGAAGCCUCAAGGUGCGAUCAUCAAGCUGGCUCCUCGGCCAAACGACAUCAUCUGGGAGAACAUGCCGCUGAGUCCAUCAGCUCGCCGUAGGAGGCGCCUGUGGAACAAUUUCUGGAUGGCGGUUCUCACUAUUCUGUGGAUUGUUCCCAAUGCUUUCAUCGCCGUCUUCCUGGUCAAUCUGAGUAACUUGGGCUUGGUAUGGAAAGAGUUCCGGGACGAACUGGCCAGCAGCCCCCAGUUCUGGUCCAUUGUUCAGGGUAUCGCAUCUCCGGCAAUCAUGUCACUUGUUUACCUGCUACUUCCGAUUGCUUUCCGCCGCAUGUCCAUCAGAGCAGGCGACAAGACUAAAACGGGAAGAGAGCGCCAUGUCGUCGCGAAACUGUACGCCUUCUUCACUUUCAACAACCUCUUCAUCUUCUCCGUUUUCAGUGCCAUCUGGGGAUUUACUGCUACGGUUGUUCAGAGGACCAACAACGGUCAGGAUGCUUGGAAGGCCAUCUACGAAGCCGAUUUCGGAUUUCUCCUGUUCCUCUCACUCAUCAAAGUGUCUCCUUUCUGGGUCUCAUGGCUCCUGCAGAGACAGCUCGGUGCGGCGAUUGAUCUUGCGCAACUGUGGACUCUCUUCUACAGCUUCGUUGUGCGAAAGUUCUCUAACCCAACGCCUCGGGAACUGAUCGAGCUCACAGCACCACCGCCCUUUGAUUACGCCAGCUACUACAACUACUUCCUUUUCUACGCCACCGUCGCCCUCUGCUAUGCCCCCAUUCAGCCUCUUGUCCUCCCUGCGGCAGCACUGUUCUUCUGUAUCGAUGUGGCUUUCAAGAAGUACUUGUUGCUCUACAUUUUCGUUACGAAGACGGAAAGCGGAGGCAUGUUCUGGCGCGUGCUGUUCAACCGUUUCCUGUUCGGGACCUUUCUUGCCAACCUGGUCACCUUCUUGGUCGUUUGGGUCCGUGGCAUCCAAGUCGAUCGGACCCAGGUAUAUGCUCUGGCACCGCUGCCCAUCUUGUUGAUCGUUUUCAAGAUAGUCUGCAGCCGCGUCUACGAUGAUAAGAUCCACUUUUAUGCGACGAGAUUUACCAAGCAAGGACGGACUGAAGAAGGGCUGAAUGCCAAGGAGCAAAGUAUGCGGAACGAUCGUCUUGCGGCUCGUUUUGGCCAUCCGGCUCUCUACAAGCCCCUCAUCACACCCAUGGUUCACGCAAAGGCACAGAAUGUUCUUGCGAGCAUCUAUCAAGGGCGGCUGAGUGACGGUAGGGAAGCGGGUGGCCUGGGAGAUUCGGUAUCUGUCAGCGGCUACAGCGACACGUACGUUAUGGAUUCCAUGAUGUCCGGCAAGGCUGGCAAGGCGUCGCCGAGCAUGCCUGGUUUCGAAGUGGUACCCGAAUCACGUCUUGACUUUGAAUUUUACAAGAACCGGGACGAAUUCGCAGAAGAUCAUGGUGCAGGCGAGCUCUUUGGAUCAGACAUCCAUCGGCCGGGCACGCCGGGCACCAUAAUGAGCGGGCCAGACUCUCGACCCGGAACGCCUAGUGGAGGAAUGGGCUUCGGCGCCAAUCGCAGGCUGUUGUCACCGUACAACGACCCUGGGGCUGGGCCGUCAUCCAGUGGCUACGUGGGCCCAUCUGUCUACUCACCCCCCAUACUGGGCGCGCAUGAGGUGCCCAGUCGCAGCAGGAGUCCUUUAUACAGCCUUGGCAAUGAUAGUGGUGCCAACCUGGUGCAGGGAGCCGCGCUGAUGCCGGUAUCGAGUUAUCCCACCACACCAGCCGCUGGUGGCCCGGGAGACGGGAGCUAUGAUGGUGACGUUGGGACUUACAGACCUGGUGUUCCUACCAUUCCGCCUGGCAUCUUUGGUGGGGGGCCCCGCUAUGGCGGCCUUCCGCAGAGCGAUCAAGAAUUUGGCCAGCCAGCGACAAGUCAAGACCCGACACAAUAUGACUACUUUAGAGGGCCGCGGAGAGGAACACCAGGCCCUCCGGGCGGCGGCAAUGGUGGCAACACCUAUAGGGGCUAAUCUCCUUGGAUAAGUGAUGAUGAAUAGAAGCAAACCGUGGUUGGGUGGGGAUUAAGUACAACAAUCAUUGCAUUUGCGUAGAUAAGCAUGGUCUUUGGGCGUUGUUUUUCUGAAUAGAUUUGCUGUAAUCACCUUGUUUCAAGGUUAAGUCUGUGUGGACUGUCUGGCUUCUAGCACGCCAAAUCACGUUCACAUCACGUCACACUACGAAUUUCAAUGGGGACACAAGAAGACUAGGCGCAGGUUCUACAAAAAGAGGAUAGAGAGAGGGUUCCGAGGUGCAUGUAUAAUUUCAUGUAAUUCCUUUUGAGUGUGGGGCUCGGGUACGUUACCCAUCCCCCAUCAUGUAUAUACUUUGAAGUAUUACGGAACAAAGAUCUUGCUGUAGAUAUCAUUCUGGAUGGUGUGAUCUCUCGUGUACAUGUCGCGUACAGGAACGUUAGAACAUAUUGCUGUUACAACUCCAUG